AUGGAGGUGAAGAAGGAUGCAGGAAGGAAGCCGUGCUCUGCUCCCUCCAGCCCUGCCUGCUACAGGAGCACCGUCAUAGCCUUCCUCUUCUUCUUCCUCAUUAUCGGGGUCUUUGUAGGCCUGGUUAUCGCCUACCUGGUGCAGGAGCAGCGUUACUUUCUGGAGACGGUGGAGCUGAAAGGUCUGAAGUACGAUCCAGCUCUGCAGGAGGAGAACUCUGGUUUCUCCAUCGUCCUGACCUCAGUGUUAAAGUCCAAGAUUGAUAAUGUCUUCACUGCCUCCAAGAUAUCGCAUCACUACGUUGAUGGGAGUAUUGUUGCCUAUGGUGACAUUAAUGGUGACGUGAUGGCAACAUUCAGGCUGCUCUUCAGGGUGUCCAAGGUCCAGCAGUAUUCAGACAACUUUGUGCAGGACGUGCUGAGAGCCGGACUCGGCUCAGUGAUGCACGGGAGACCCCUGGAGGUGCCAGAUUUUGGAGAGAUCAGCGCUAUCAUCUUACUGGGAGCCAGUGGGAAGUCAUUUUAUACUAUUGGAGAUGAUAUGUCAGCCAGGUGUCCUGACAACACCUUCACUUGUGACGAUGGAGAGUGCAUCUUCAAACUGAAUUCAGAGUGUGACUUCAUCCCCGACUGUGCAGAUGAAUCUGAUGAAGCUCGAUGUGCCUGCGGUACACGUCCCGCGAUGUGGAAUCGGGUGGUGGGUGGUGAGGAUGCUCAGGAAGGGGAGCUGCCAUGGCAGGUCAGUCUGCGGCUCUAUGGACGCCACAUGUGUGGAGCCUCCAUCGUCAACGAGCGCUGGCUGGUCAGUGCGGCACAUUGCUUUGAGGGGAACAGCGACCCCACAGAGUGGACGGCACUUGUCGGGACAACACAAGUGAGCGGGAAGUCUGUGUCAGCGAUGAACAUCAAGUCGCUGAUCGUGUAUCCGCACUACGACUCUGUGACUGUGGACAACGAUGUGGCGGUGCUGCAGCUGGAGACCCCGCUCACCUUCAGCUCUUACAUCCAGCCCGUCUGCCUGCCCUCCCUGUCUCAUGUGUUUGCCCCCGGACAGAGCUGCCUGGUGUCAGGGUGGGGCGCACUAAGCAUGCACGGUUCUAAGGAGCCUCCCACGCUGCAGAAGGCGGUGGUGAAGAUCAUCGACUCCAAGGUCUGCAACAAAUCCUCCGUGUACAGAGGAACCGUUUCUCACAACAUGAUGUGUGCCGGGUUCCUGCAGGGCCAGGUGGACUCGUGUAAGGGGGACUCUGGAGGGCCUCUGGUGUGUGAGGGGGCCCCAGGCAGGUUCUUCCUGGCUGGGGUGGUGAGUUGGGGUUUGGGCUGUGCCCUGAAAAACAGACCUGGGGUUUAUUCCCGCGUCACAAGGCUCCGCAACUGGAUUAUAAGCCACACAGAUCCCAGCUUGGUCCAUGAUUUCCCUCAGUAUGUUCCCACUGUGCCAGUUACUGUGACGGAAGGAAGCUUUAAUGAUCUGCCAGAACCCAGGACCACAGCCAUGGAUGUGUCACCUGCACCAACACUACCUGUCUUGAACUGCAGUGGAAGCUUCCAGUGUAGCUCGACCUCCUGCAUCGGUAAGAUCAACCCAGAGUGUGACGGCGUCCCAGACUGCCCAAACCAGGUCGACGAAAGAAACUGUGACUGCGGCCAACGCCCGGCAUUGGGCUCCCAUAGGAUUGUGGGUGGAGUAACAGCUCGCAGGGGGGAGUGGCCUUGGACUGGCAGUCUCCAGUUCCAGAGACUGCACCGGUGUGCCGCCACACUCAUUCACAGCAAAUGGUUACUCACAGCGGCUCACUGCUUUAAAAGUGACCCCAGCCCCACUAACUGGGCUGUGAGCCUGGGCUCUGUGCUGCGCUCUGGGGUAGGAGGCCUGGUCAUCCCCAUCCAGAGGGUUCUCCUCCACCCGGCCUUCAAUGGCACCAACAUGGACCAUGACGUGGCUCUGCUUGAGCUAGUAGUCCCAGCCCCCAUGUCCUACACCAUCCAGUCCGUGUGUCUCCCCUCUCCGGUGCACCGCUUCCCAAAGAAUGCAGAGUGCUACAUCACAGGCUGGGGAUCCACGAGGGAGGGAGGCUCGUUGACCAACAUGCUGCAGAAAGCUGCCGUGAAGAUCAUCGACCAGGCAGACUGCCAGCAGUCGUAUGGAAACGUGUUGACUCCUAACAUGAAGUGUGCUGGUUACAUGGAGGGAGGCAGGGACACCUGUUUGGGAGACUCUGGAGGGCCUCUGACCUGCCGUGACCUCUCUGGCCGGUGGUUUGUUGCUGGAGUGACCAGCUGGGGACAUGGAUGUGGGCGGAUUGGUUUUCCGGGGGUGUACACUCGUGUGACGUCCGUCAGGAAAUGGAUAUCUACAUACCUGCCUUUCUGAAGACAAAGUGGAUGUUCCUGCUUCUCCUGAACACGACUGUACCAGGACUAAAGUCAUGCUCAAAGCCUCGACAGUUUCCUCAGUGUUGACCUUUGACCCUCUGGUGCCGUUUGUAAUCUCUUUCAUACCGUAAUGAAGAAAUCAGGAGCACAGAACUGGGGCUUACGGACGUUCUGCCAGCAUGAUUGAAAGUAUUUAUUUCAGUUAUUUAUUUCCUGACUGGUAAACUUCAUGUGGUUGUUUUGUUUGGUUGUGGGGGGGUUCAGAAUAUAUGUGGUUCAUUUAACGGAACAUUUCCUCGUCUUUGUUUGUAUCUAUUCUUAGAAAGACAGAUGCCAUGUAAUACUUGUUAGUGGGUUUUCUGUAAAUAUCUGAUAAACUACAGGUGAUGUUUCAUUGAUACUUUCCUCCUUUAAUGAACGACACGAGAGGACUCUGGCUGACCACAUUUAUUGACUUUUUUCAUGAAAAUCUUUCCAGUUGUUCACAAUUACACUGCAAAUAAUGUUCCCGAGCUGUAGAGGCUUUGACCUCCCGACACGACCAGCAGGGUAGAAGGAUUGAGGUUCCCAGACAUCUGACAAGCUGCACGUUCAGCGAGGCAGACCCUCAAACAAGCCCCCUACUGUGGAGGGGGGCAGAUAGAGUGACGACUGGAAAACAGGUCAGACAACAGAGUUUUGUUCUCCAGGCGUACUUUGAUAUCGCACUGUGUGGAGGCUUGUCAAAGUCUUCCCUUUGAGUGUAAGAA